AUGGCAAUAGACUCGAAGGUUGCCUUCCAGAACAGGGCGCUAGAGCUUGGAAUAGAUCAGCUGGAAAUUGAUGCGCUCGAUGCUGCAGGAAUCAACAGUUACGCAACAUAUGCAUACUGUAGCACAUACCAACCUGGACAGAACGAUGACACUGCGUUGAUAGGUUUCCUGACUACUACGUUGGCGGCUGCACCAUCAGCUGCUUCAAUCACGCGCUUCAGGCGCUUGUUUUUCGAGGCGCAUGCCUUGUCUCUGGAGGACCUGAAAUCUCGUGCAGACAGAUCAGAGUCAAGCGAGGCAAGGAUAAUACCACUAGCUGAGAAGAUGGACAGAAUCCGCAUGCAGAAGCAGAGGCAUGAUGAAGCUUUGCGCUCCAAGGUUGACACCUCUUUGGUGCUGGACAACUCUGGGGGCUUGCGGCUCAGCAAAAAGCAGAAGCUGGAUGACGUGAAUGUGACUGGUGAACAUAAACUUCGACAAGCAUUUUUGAGAAGGUCGCUGGCUUAUGAUUUAGCGGGCAUAGCAACCUUUGCAGCUCUUGACUUGUGGACUCAAAAGCUGUUCGAAAAGAUGAAUGAAACGCCGUUGACAAAUUACAGACAUAUCAGUGUGGAACAGGUGAUCAACGCAGACAAAGCUUUAUGGGUCAAGGUCUCGAACGACACUCGAGGCAAGCUGCAGCCGAAAACUGGGGCUGAUAAGCCUUUUGACAUUGCCUUUGAAAAGUUCUCUGAACACCCAGAAGUGUUGCAACAUUUGACUCCUUUGCAGAGCGUGAUUAGCCAGAAACACGACGCAACCAACACUUCGUCGGCUACAGGAAAAGGCAAAGCGUCGAACCCCCUUGAUGGCAAAGGAAAAUCAUCCAAGGGAAAAGGAAAGACUAACACUGGCAUUGAAGUUCCUGACGAUUGUGAAAUCUUCGUGGAUGGUAAGCAGUUGUGCAAACGUUGGCAAGUCGACGUCUUUGUUCUGGAUGUUUUGAACUCAAACCAGUUGGCGCUGCUUGAAUCAAUGCCGCGUCACCGUAAACCUUGUUGA